AUGUCCGUCUGUUUAGGUGUUACCAAGACCAUUGCUGUCUCUUCAUUGGGUUUAUAUGCCGGUCUACUGACUACUACAACCAUUGUCACUGCAGCUACUCCAAUUUCAGUUUUAGUCCCACACAGAAAGGAUGAAAAUGAUACCGUCCUAACCAAGUAUGUCAAGGCCAUCGUCUGUAACUUAGGUAAAUUAUCCACUGUCUUAAGCGGUCUAUCUACUGUUUUUUUCGGUUUUAGUUACUUCAAAGCUCCAGCUUCUGCUCAACAUCCAUAUUUGUUAUACGGUAUGGCUGUCGCACCAGCUACUUUCGGUUAUUUAUACAUCUCUUCCAAGGUUUCUCAUUUCAUUGCUUCUAGAAGCAAUAAAACUGCGAAGGCCGACAAGUCUCCAUCCCCACAAACCUCUCUAGGUGACUCCACUGUCGACUUAGGUAAGGACUUCAAGCAUCCAAAGAUUGACUCCAACUCAGACGCCAAAUGUCCAUUCAGUCCAGCUGCCGCUAACCAAGAUCCAAAAUGUCCAUUCGGUUCCUCUGCUGAUGGCUACCCAUCUGAAACCGCUCAUGCUAACUGUAAUGCCUCCAUGGUCCGUGAUUUGGCUAUCAUCUCUGUCUUCAGUAUCGCUGGUUUCGCUCAAUCUGUCUUGGGUAUCUACGGUGAAGGCCAAUUUGCUUGA